AUGAUAUCAAGACCUGCAACUACUCAAAGUAAUUAUCUGCUUACAGUAGUCCUUCAGGGAUUCAAAGUAACUGACAGAGGACGGUUGUUCACUAAUGAUCUAAACAGAUCAGGAAGGACUGACAAGGGUGUUUCAGCAUAUGGACAAGUGAUUUCACUCUAUGUACGAUCCAAUAUGGUUGACGGUGUAGGAGUUAUACCUCCAUUGUGUCUGGAUGAGGAAGAUCUAGCAAGGAGACGAUCAAACCAGCAAAAGAACAAGAAACCAUCCGAGGAAUUCCCAUACGUCAAGAUGCUGAAUGGAGUAUUGCCAGCUCACAUCCGCGUGCUGGCUUGGACUCCUGUGCCUUUCCACUUUAACGCCCGCUUUAGCACACUGUAUCGAACAUACAAGUACUUCUUCAGCCCCUCAAAUCUGGACCUUGGACUGAUGAGUCAAGCCAGCAAGCUCUACAUUGGAGAGUACGACUAUCGAAACUUUUGCAAGAUGGACAUAGAGAGUGUAAAGUCAUUCAUCAGAGUGAUACUCUCAUUCGAAAUUGAACCAAUGAGGAAUGCCGAUGGUACUCUGUCCUCUGAAUUGUAUGUUGCAACAAUCAGCGGAUAUGCCUUCCUUUGGCAUCAAAUCAGAUGUAUGAUGGCAAUGUUAUUCCUUGUCGGUCAAAAGAAGUAUCCAGUCACAAUCAUAUCUGAUCUCCUGGAUCUGUCAAAGGGAAUAAGCAAGCCUCAAUACGAGAUGGCAUCAGAGACACCACUGGUCCUCUUUGACUGUGGAUAUGAAGACUUGGACUUUAUAUAUGACCAAGACUCUUACCAAAAGGUCAUAAAUACCAUGACAACAAUAUUGAAUGAGCACCACAUCAAGACAUCAGUCACAAGACUAAUGCUUAACGAU